CUCUCUCUCUCUACACUCUCUAUCUCCUUCAAGCUCAACUCCUCUAUAUCUCUCACAAUGUCCAUUUUCGUCAUUUCACGUUUCGAUCCAACGGCUACGCCACCUUCCACGUCCUCGUCUUCUUCUUCUUCCUUUUUCCUUUUCCUUAUUGUAUAGUAAUCUUACUGUGCUCUCGCAUAGCACAAUAUAACCGCCUCUUCUCUUCUCUUCUCUUCUAUUUUCCUCUCUAGGGUUCCUCUUUCCUUGUUACAAUUUUUGGGUCGCCUCCUUUUCCCUUUCUUCUAUUCGCUUCUCUAUUUCUUGCUUCUGGGUUUCAUCCAUUUUCAAGGGUUUUGAAGGGGAAUACUGGUUUAAAAAGUGUGGUAAUUUUUAUGUUGAAUGGUGAUCGAAAAGAGCAGCUUUAAGGCAUCAAAAUUUGAUUUUUCCGAGUUUUCUCCUCAUAGUAAGGACACUAUGUCGAGUGAGGACGAGGAGUUUGAGAGACGAAACGGGGGUGAAGUUGAAUCUAAUGACGAGGAUGAUGAUGAUGAUGAUUACUUCGAUGAUUGUGACUCGGGGGCGGGUUCAGAUGACUUUGAUUUGUUGGAAUUAGGCGAGUCUAGGGAGGAGUUUUGUCAAAUUGGGGAUCAAACAUGUAGCAUUCCCUUUGAAUUGUAUGAUCUUUCGGGUUUGGGUGAUGUGUUGUCGUUAGAUGUUUGGAAUGAGGUGUUGUCCGAGGAAGAAAGGUUUAAUCUUGCUCAGUAUCUUCCUGACAUGGACCAGGAAACGUUCAUGAGAACGUUGAAAGACCUUCUCGCGGGUGAUAAUUUGCAUUUUGGAAGUCCCAUUGAUAAGCUGUUUAACAUGUUGAAGGGCGGGUUAUGUGAGCCGAGAGUGGCACUUUAUCGCCAAGGAUUAAUUUUCUUUCAGAAGCGACAGCAUUAUCACCGCCUCAGAAACCAUCAGAAUGCAAUUGUCAGUAAUCUUUGUCAGAUAAGAGAUGCUUGGCUCAGUUGUCCAGGGUAUAGUAUUGAGGAGAAGCUUCAAGUGCUGAACAUUAAGAAGAACGAGAAGAUUCUAAUGUAUGAGAAGAUGGAAGAACUGGGAAGUGAUGGAUCCGAGAGAGAGGAGUUUAGUGAUAAUUUGUGGGGCAAAAGAACAAAAGAUCGGAAUCUUGGGCAGAAUAUGGGCUGUUAUUCUGGAUAUGGGAAAGGGUCAGCCUUGGAUUCAUCUUCUCUUAGGCAAAUGGCUUCUUCCGAAGCUACCAGAUACAGAAAGCAGAACCUAAGAGGGACAUUCAAGGUAGGUGGAAAUGGCUCAAAAGGAAUGGAACUCAAAUCAUCUGGGCCAUAUGAUUCUGCCUUGCCUCUUUCUCGUCGUGCUAAAGGAAUGGGCUAUGAUUCUGGGAUGGCUGUCCCAAUGAGAGAUCAAUUGAAUGGCUACGAUGAGGAGGAUGGGAUGUAUGAAGUGGACGUGCAGAGAGAGAGAAACUUUUCACGAGCAGGGGCUGUUGAUAAAAGUGGGAGUGUCAAAUCGGGGAAGAAGCAUGAAAGGGUUAGAAUGGAAGAAUGUGCUGAUGUUUUCUUGGGCGUGCCUAUGCCUUUGAAGAAUGAUCCUUAUGCCUACGGCAGGAACAAUACUGUCAACCAGCUGUCAGAUAUUAAGGUCUUGACUGCAAAGCCCAGCAAUGCUAGAACUGCAUAUGAUUUUGGGAAAAAGGACAGGUAUGCUGAUGGUCUCCCACAGUUUGGCUCUGAAGAGCAGAUGAAUAAUUAUGGGAAAAUCCGUAUUCCCAAAGUGUCACUGAAGGGAAGUGGAAUGGAAUUAGCGGGUGGAAGUGAACAGUUUUGGCCAAGUAAAGCACCAGAGGACACCUAUUUUACCAACCCAUCCCAUAAGUUUGGUAACUUGAAUGUAAAAAGCAAAAAGUGGAAGGUGGAUCAAGAAUAUCCUGAUCGCAAGUUCAACGAUAAGUUGUUUCAGUCAGACUAUAGGGCAAAGGCGGCCUUCCCUGAGAAAGUCAGGGCAAAAAUGCAGAAUGGCGGACAAGAUGCUUCCGGAACCAGAGGUAGAAGGGUAUUUGCGAAUAUUGAAGAAACUGAAACUGAAUCAUCAGAAAAAAGUGAUGAGGAUGAGGAAUAUAAUCCAUUGAUGAGGAGCAAGUGGGCAUAUCCCAGUGGUUCCCCUAACUUGAUGUCCGCAUUGGAUACUAAAAAGGCUAAAUUUUCUCAAAAGGAUAAGUAUUGUAUUCCGGCUCGUGAUAGCUCAUUUCAUUCCUCUAGGAUGGUGAAUGACUCCGGUGAACUUCUCCACUCGAAGAAAACUGGAAGUCUUGGCUUGGGAGCAGAGCCAAUGGGUAAGAUGCAUGAUCUUGGUCAUUUGAAUAGUUUCUCCACCAGAAAUUUGGCUAGAAAUCAUUUCUCUGGUCUAAGCCAGUUCAAUAACAACAAUGACGAUGGUGAUGACGACGAGCAACCAAUCUACAAGCUAGCCAAGAAUGGCCCUUUGCAAGGGGACCAUACUGAAAGGUUCCACAUGGCAUCCACCAGAGAGAAGAAACAUAAAGGAAAAGCUAGCCGUGAUAUCCUGCAGUCAAACUCUAUGCAAGAUCAGAAGUUUCAGGAGGAUGACUCAUUGCGGACACGGUUUCCGACUAAAAAAAGUGGAGUAACUGCCAAGUUUUCAAAGAAAGGUCAGAUGCUUGACACACGUGCUGGUGAUCAUCAUGAAAAAUCUAAUGUGCUAUUAACAGGUUGCAAUUCAGUCAUGAAGAAGCGGAAAGUCAAAACUGAUACCCCAUACAUGGAUGAGCUAGAUGGUACUGACCAUCUCUAUGCUGAAAUCCAGCAGCGACAAGAUGAUUUGUCAACGAAGCGGGGUAAAAAAAAGCUGGAGGAUGAAUCGUGGCCUUCUUUAAUGGGAGUUCCCAGAUCUCCAACUUCAGAAAUGAUAGAAGAUGUAGAUGUGGAAAGCCGACCUCCAAAAAAGCCAUUCCCUUUGAUUACCCCUACAGUUCAUACUGGCUUCUCAUUCUCCAUCAUUCAUCUUCUCUCAGCAGUUCGUAUGGCAAUGAUUACUUUGCUUCCAGAAGAGGCUGUAGAUAGAAAUGCUGGAAGACAGGAUGCCGUGGAGGAGCAUGGUAUCAAGCCAGAAGCUGUUAACGGAGUUACACCACCUUCAGAGUUAGAUGGUGACAAUUCACCACCUUCCACUCAAGCAAAUGUGCCCUCUCUCAGUGUGCAGGAAAUUGUUAACCGUGUGAGAUCAAACCCGGGUGACCCCUGUAUUCUUGAGACUCAAGAACCUCUCCAUGAUUUGGUCAGAGGAGUACUCAAAAUAUUUUCUUCCAAAACAGCACCACUAGGAGCAAAAGGAUGGAAGCCACUUGUGGUCUAUGAAAAAGCCACCAAAAGUUGGUCCUGGAUUGGUCCAGUGAGUCCCGACUCAUCUGAUCAUGAGCCUAUGGAGGAAGUCACAUCUCCAGAAGCGUGGGGUCUUCCCCACAAAAUGCUUGUGAAGUUAGUUGAUUCUUUUGCUAAUUGGCUGAAAAAUGGUCAGGAGACGCUACGGCAGAUAGGAAGUCUUCCUGACCCUCCGUUGUCGUUGAUGCAAUAUAAUUUAGAUGAGAAGGAACGGUUCAGGGACUUGCGAGCUCAGAAGAGUCUGAGUACCAUUGGCCCAAGCUCCGAAGAAGUCAGAGAGUAUUUCCGUAAAGAGGAAUUCCUUAGGUAUUCAAUUCCUGACAGGGCCUUCUCCUACACUGCUAUUGAUGGGAAAAAAUCAAUAGUUGCUCCUCUGAGAAGAUGCGGUGGCAAGCCAACUUCAAAAGCCCGUGAUCACUUUAUGCUUAAAAAGGAUCGUCCUGCCCAUGUCACGAUUCUCUGUCUUGUGCGAGAUGCAGCUGCUAGGUUGCCUGGCAGUACAGGGACUAGAGCAGAUGUUUGCACUUUAAUCAGAGACUCACAGUAUAUCGUGGAGGAGGUAUCUGAUGCUCAAGUCAAUCAAGUUGUUAGUGGUGCAUUGGACCGUUUGCAUUAUGAACGUGAUCCUUGUGUACAGUUUGAUAAUGAGAAGAAGCUCUGGGUUUACUUACAUAGAGAUAGAGAAGAAGAAGAUUUUGAGGAUGAUGGUACUUCAUCUACAAAGAAAUGGAAGAGGCAAAAGAAAGAAGCUCCCGAACCCUCUGACCAAGUAGCAGUAACCAUCGCUUAUCAUGGCACAGGGGAACAAAACGGUUUUGAUUUGAGCUCAGAUCUCAAUGUUGAGGCGUCAAACAUGGAUGAAGAUCGAACAGACCUUGCUUAUGAGGAUGUUAAGGAUCAAGUGGAGGAAAACAUUAAGAGCAUCCAUGUGUUAGGACAAGGUGCUACGCAUUGUAGUUCUUCUCUGAUGGAUUGGGAUACUCUUUGCUCAACUCCUGGAGAAGGAAAUAGGUUGUUAUGUCAACAGAACUCUACUGAUAAUUUUGAUGAUGAAACGUGUGGUGGAGAACCACCUGGUUGAUUGUGGAAAGAGCUCUGUCACAAGCUUCCAGAAAAGCCUUAUAUAUUCCCCACCUGAAGACAGGAGAUGUCGAUCAUCAGAUGGCUCUAACAAAACAUACUGUCCGUUAUGCUCAUUGAACUUCAUCCACUUCCAACAGUUCCAGUUUUUUGGCCACGCUAAGGGUGUAUUUUUGCAAUGGCGGUUCAGUUGUAGAUUCAUUCUAGUUAAAACAGGAAAAAAUUGGGAGCCUAUGAUAUGUAGACUGCAGGUGGUAAUUGCUUGCUGUUGCACAACUUUUCUAUCCCAUAAUGUCUUGUCUUCGCUGUCCCUUUUUCAUCUGUUCUUUUUUCCAGUAUAUAUUUAGAUGGCAUAUUCAUAUGAAACCAGAAUGCAGAAGCAACCACUGUUCUGAAUUGAGAAGCAGCAGAUUCCAUGUGUUAUACCCCUCUUAUGUACAUACAUCUAGAUGAGGUAAAUGAAAAUAAGUCGGUUUCCUACAA